ACUAGGGCAGGGUGAUAUAUAUCUAUAUUAUAUAUCUAUAUUAUAUCAGAUUAUAUAUCUACACUAGAUCACUUUUACAUUUGGGAUAUAUAUCGCUUUACGGACUAGCACCCAGACAAGCACACAGAGAGAGGAAAUGAUGUCAUAUACGUCCAAGCUUCCUGCGUCCUGGAACGACGAGCCUCCUCCCCGGAGAGUGGAGAUCGACCUCAGCUCCCCCGGCCUCGCCGUGGUUGACCUGGAACGACUUUUAUUUACCGGCAGAGCCAUCAUCAGCCACGCUGACGAGGUCUGGCCCAGGCUUUACAUCGGGGACCAGGACAGUGCAGAGAACCGAGAGGACCUGUCGAGGCAUCGGGUGACUCACGUCCUGAACGCCGCUCACAGUAAACGGCGAGGAGCGCCGGGCUUCUACGCCGACCUGGACGUGUCCUAUAUGGGCGUGGAGGCGCACGACUCCUGCACCUUCGACAUGAGCGUCAACUUCCUGCCGGCGGCAGAGUUCAUCCACAGAGCGCUCAGCAGGGGGGGCAAAGUGUUGGUUCACUGCCACGUGGGAGUGAGCCGCUCCGCCACCCUGGUCCUGGCCUACCUGAUGCUGAAGCAGAACCUGACCCUGGUGGAGGCCAUUUGUGCCGUGAAAGAUAACCGCGGUGUCAUCCCGAACCGUGGUUUCCUCCGACAGCUCAUCAAACUGGACCGCCAGCUCUUCGGCACGCACUGAGCGAGUGUUGUAUCCAGAUGUGUUCCCUCCUACCUAAACCGGAACCAAACCGGAACCCUAACUAUGUAACUAAGUACAUUUACUCCACUACUGUACUUUAAGUCCAAAUGUUGAGGUACUUGUACUUUACUUGAG